AGAAAUCAGCGGAUCUGUCCCGGAGAAAGUGACCGUAACGUCAUCCGCAGCUGAGCCGAGGCAGAGGCGACAAAUUCGGGCUUUUUCUACCUCUCCAUCCCCGUAAGCAUCCAUGUCCUGAAAGCACCUCGACAAUCACCAGAAGCGCGGGUUUAUGGACCUAAGAGAAACCGGUGCAUGCAGAAAAUUAUUCAAGGACGUCCCGUGUGCUGCACCCUUUGACCUCUCUCACCCCUGACGCCAUGAACUCGUUGACCCACCCCUCCCGUUCCUCCCCUUCCUCCUCUUCCUCGUCCUCUUCCUCCUCUUCGUCCAUAGACAUCCUGGAGGAGCUGCAGCUGAUCGCAGCCCAGAACCUGGAGAAGGUGGACAUCCAUAAGUACUACGAGGUGGUGCGAGAGCUUGGGAAAGGAACAUACGGCAAAGUGGACCUGGUCGUGCACAAAAUCAGAGGGACUAAAAUGGCGUUGAAGUUUUUGCGUAAGAAGACGACCAAGCUGAAGAGUUUCCUGCGUGAAUACAGCGUGUCUCUGUACCUGUCGCCCUGCCCCUUCAUCAUAAACAUGUUCGGCAUUGCCUUUGAGACCGAUGAGUAUUACAUCUUUGCUCAAGAGUACGCUCCGGCCGGGGACCUCUUUGACAUCAUCCCUCCACAGGUGGGUCUCCCGGAGGCGGUUGCUAAGCGCUGCGUCCACCAGGUGGCCAUCGCCCUGGACUACCUACACUGUAAAAAACUGGUGCACCGCGACAUCAAACCCGAAAACAUCCUAAUCUUCGACCGGGAAUGCCGCAAAGUCAAACUGUCCGAUUUUGGAAUGACAAGACGUGCCGGGUCCCCCGUAAAACGCGUCAGUGGCACCAUUCCCUACACGGCGCCGGAGCUUUGCGACACCUCCCGAAAUGAUGGCUUCUUCGUGGACUAUAGCACCGAUGUGUGGGCAUUCGGAGUACUGCUCUUCUGCAUGCUCACCGGAAACUUCCCGUGGGAGAAAGCAAUGCCCAACGACGCAUUUUACGACGAAUUUGUGCGCUGGCAACGACGACGUACCGGGAAUGUGCCUUCACAGUGGAGGAGAUUCACAGACGAAGCUUUACGCAUGUUUCGGAGGUUACUCUCCAUCGAACAAGAGCGGAGAUGUUCGGUGAAGGAGGUGUUCAGCUACUUCAACCAAUGCUGGAUGUUGGAUACGGAAAACGGGAAUGUUAACAACGCUGGGUUAGCUACUAGCGUGCCCCAAAUUGACAUGAGUACCUCCUCAUCUGAAGAAGAUGUUUUGGUGGAUAGACUCAAACAGCAAACCUUGUCUCCCGCUUGUGUCGCAGCUAAAGACCGGCUAAUGAUGGACACGCACUACUCCUCUGCUAACAAUUCACCAUCCGCUAACGCAAGCUAUGACCGAGUGAACAGGGAAAACAAUGAGCGAGGGCGCCUUCUAGUGGCCACGCCAAUCGAAAUCUGCGUGUAAACACAGUACAAAUAUUGUGACAUGGGAAGAUUACAACCACACGUGUACAAUUCGUGUGUAAAGAAAGUAAGAUGCCUUCAAAAUAGAAGAAUAGAUAGAAGGCAAGAAGUUGGGUCCCAAAAUGUCCCAAAUGGUGUGAAGUUUCGAGCUGGACUGAAUAAUUUCUAACAAAGUUGGAAGAUAAGAUGAUAAUAGGGACAAUAUUUAGCUGGCAAUGGCUUCACUCAAAAAGGGCAGUUCAGAGCUUGUUCAUAAAAUGGCCUAAAUGGACAUUUCAAGCAAUACACAUGAAAUACAUGGACAGAUGCUGUUACAAAGAAAGGCAACUCAUCAAUACAGACUGACCAAUGUGGUGAAAGUAGUAUAGCACUGGUUUCUUGUUCAUAUUAAGUGUUUUUUUAUUUAUUCAAGUAUAUUAUUUAAAAUUGUAUUUAUAUUUAUAAUUUGUUUACUGUUGCACAAAUGUUUUCAAGUUAAAGGUGCAAUGUGUACUUUUUGGUAGUAUAAGUUGAACAAAAAGUGCUAUUUGAAAUUUUCCUUAAAGGGACAUUGUAUUGUCUUUGAAUAAACACAGUGAGAGUAAGUGCCAAGAAUGUAAUUGUAAACACAUGAAUAGCUUGUCGGCUAACAGUAUUGGCUUUGUUGUUUUUGUUAAUUGUUUUGUUUUUAGUUGUUAAGUUCAAGCAAGUGGUAAAUGAAACAUGUUUUGAUUGUGAAUUUUAUAGUUAAAUUAUAAAAAAAAAAAAAAAUCAAAAUAUUAACUUUGAUUAGAAUGUGAUUAUUUUACAGUUUUAAAUUGAUUUCAGUGGGCACAGAAAAGAUGAUUUAGGCCUACUAUAGCCAAAUAAUAAUGAAAUAAUAUUCUAUAAGUAUUCAAAACUACAUACCUUGAAUACACGAUCACAAAUUGAAACUACUUAAAUCAUGAUUAAUCUCUGGCUUUGGCCUAUGCUACAAAAACACAGUGCACCUUGAACUUGUUGUAAGCUUGUUAUCAUAUUCUUGUUAUUGUGUUCCAUAAAAAAACACUGUAAAUUUCCCAUUUUCAAACCUAAAAUGACUGUUUUAACCUGUGAUGCCUAUAGAACCUGUGAAGUAGCAUUUACCAACCAAUGACUUUCUAUGGGCUCAGUACCAAUGGUGCGUUCAGGCGGUUUUAGAAAAGAAAAAGAAAAAGAAAAAGCAUGCGCCAGGUGUAAUAACAGAUUUGCUGCUAAGUUGAAUAAUAUUUGAAACACUGCGAGUAAAAACGGAUUUGUAAAAGUUGAACCCUAAAAAUGUGAAAAGAUCUGAAAUGUUUUUGGAUUGUG